AUGAAGCUCAAGUCAGCCCGUACCGUCGCCUCGACAGGGCUGCUGCUCUUGCUGCUUCGUUCCGCCAACGCGGCUGGGAUCGGCCCCGCUGAUGGCAGUCUCUCUCGCAACAAUGCUGACGUCCGCCUAUUUCCCUUCCUCGCCAAUGUACGCGAUGCUGCUGUUGAACUCUUCUUUGGCCGCCACCCCGCCAAGGCAAGACAUCGAACGGGGUUGCGUACUCCUGAUGGGCACCGAACACGAGCCAAGUACACGAACGAGCUCGUCCUGAGGUUCAAUAUUACCGGUAGCAAGGAAGGAGCCGCGAUAUUGGAAGCGGCUGCCCGGCUUUUCCUCGACAUAUGGGUCUCCACCACCGACUAUGUGGACGUACGACUACAUGCCGACGAGGUUGCCCCCUUGCUUGGACUCCUCCCCGAAUCGCUCCGUUCGUCGCAUGCAACACUCGUGUCCGACCUCGCCACCGCCGUCUAUCAGGCGUCCCCCUUGCAUCAUGGUCACGAUAGCAUGGGGCCAAGAGACGCUCCUCUGGAGCUGCCAAUGCCGCUGCGCGCUGGCGACAACAGAUUCUUUGAGGAUUACCAGCCACUGACCGUCAUCGUUCGCUGGAUGCGCCUGCUCGAGGCCAUGUUCCCCGCUCAUGUCAAGUACAUGACGGUUGGGACGUCUUUCGAAGGCCGAGAGAUAUCCGCUCUGCGUGUGGGCGUGCCUGCGCGGUCAGGCGGCAACGACGAGCCACGGCGGACGAUUGUUGUUACCGGCGGCCUCCACGCCCGAGAAUGGAUCUCUACGAGCACGGUCAACUACCUGGCCUGGUCAAUGAUUACGUCAUUUGGCAAGGAUCGUAUGAUCACCAAGCUUCUGACCAAGUUUGAUUUCGUCUUCGUCCCUGCCGUCAACCCUGACGGUGUUGAGUACACUUGGCAGGUGGAUCGUCUGUGGCGCAAGUCUCGGCAGCAAACCAUCGUUCGUUUCUGCGAAGGCCUGGACCUGGAUCGUAGUUUUGGCUACGGCUGGGAAGGGUCGCAGGCGCAAAACGACCCCUGUUCACAGAGCUACCCCGGCGAACAGUCUUUUCAGGCCGUCGAAGCCAUGCAGCUUGCCAACUGGGCUCGCAAUGAGACCUUGAACAAGGUCAAAUUUGUUGGACUCUGGGAUCUGCACUCAUAUUCGCAGCAGAUACUCUUCCCCUACUCAUCCUCAUGCGAAGCGGAGCCGCCGAACCUGGAGAACCUUGAAGAGGUCGCUGCAGGCAUCGCCAAGGCGAUCCGAAUAUCAAACGGAGAAUCCUAUUCGGUCGCGUCGGCGUGCGAGGGCGCGACGCACGUCCCCGAGACUCGACGAAAGACCGGCAUUCAAUCCGGGGGGGGGUCCGCAAUCGACUGGUUCUACCACGAGAUGCAAGCCCACUUCAGCUAUCAGAUCAAACUCCGAGAUACUGGGAGUUUUGGGUUUUUAUUGCCCCGAGAAUCCAUCAUCCCAACUGGCGAGGAGAUGUUCAGUGCCAUGAAGUACUUUGGCGACUACCUCCUGGGAAACAAUGGCAUCGAAAAGUUCUCGGCCAAGGCAGCAGUGGCCGAUACGACCGACCUCGGGUUGGGUAAGGGCAGCGAAAUUGAGGUAAAAAAUCAGGAGUUGAGGUGA